AUGGAAGUGCGUUCUCGGCUACGUGAUGGUGGGAACAUCUUACACCCAUCCUCUGGCCUAAUGUGUGACAAUGCAGUGUGUGCCUUGAACUCCCCGAUUUUGGGUCCCAUCUUGUGCACCAUGGCCAGCAGUCCGGACCGCAAACUUCCGUCGGUGACAGACCUGCGGUCAGAGAUGACCAUCCUCAUGAGGUUCAACAAACGACUGGGCCCCGACGUUCAGACAUUGGUAUUGGCAGAGUCUAUUCACAUACGCAAACUCUUGUCUUUCGUGAAGGCAAAGGUGAGGCGUCAUGAAAACACGAAAACUGUGCUGACGAGAAGGGACCAGUUGGAUUUGAAACGCAAGAUCCGGGAGUCUGAGGAGGGUGAGGGUGGGAAGGUUGUCAAGGCGAAGAAGCUCAAGCGCCGUAAGACCCGCAAGAGCUUGAAGAAAGGUGCCGAGAAACACGGCAUCAGCCGCAGGCGCAAGCUCCUCAUGGUUGCCAAGUCUGGCGCGGAGGAUGUUGACAUCGAAGUCCACAAGGAGAAGACGAAGAAGAAGCGCAAGGCGGUCGCCAUUGUGGAGGAGCCAGAGGAGCCGGAGGCGAAGAUCCCGAGCAAGAAGGCAAAGGGCCGGCCACCCAAAGUGGCCGCCAAAGCCAAGGCAAAAGCCUCCCCAAAGGGGAAGGCAAAAGCCAAGGCAAAGGCGAAGGCAACAGCCAAAGCAGCGCCUAAGGGGAAGGCAAAAGCCAAGGCGAAGGCCAGAGCCAGAGCCGAUGCAGAGGUUGAUGGUGAGGCAGCUCCUGCCUUGAGCAACGUCCAUGCAAGCUUUAUGGAUGUGGAGUCGGCCGAGGGCAUCAAAGCUGCAAUGGUGAACUUUGCGGGGAUGGCCCGGGAUCCCGAGUGCACAUCCAAGAACAAGUUGAAGAUGAAGGCUGAGCUUGAGGACUUCAAGACCGUGAACCUCACCCAUUACUGGACCAGGUGCAGUUGUGGUAUCCUUCGCAAGGCUGACAAAAAGGAGGUGGCCUACAUCAGCGCCACAGGCUUCACAAAAGAUGCUACCUGGGCCAUGAAGAUGUUUGUGAAUGCAAAGGCGGCAGAACUCAUCGCUCGAUGCCUGGAUGGCCUCGUUGCAGAUGGGAUCCUCGAAGAGGACUAUGGCGAGGAUUGUGAGCAGCUGCUUGAGCUUAGGGCAGUUACGCGUGAACAGAGCCUUGUGGCAAUCCAGGAGCUGAUGCAGGCGUGA